CGCAGUGAGCGCUGCUGCACACAUAACGCUGUGCAGUGAAAACAAUGUCGCUGCUCUGUGUCCAGAGGAGAUGUUUCCACUCUUCCGUGUGUUUGUUGAAGAAACAGAGGAGUAAAACUGCGGCAGAGCAGCGCUGGUUGCUUCGGCAGCUCAGAGACCCGUACGUCAAAGCCUCUCACGCACAGAACUUCAGGUGCAGAAGCGCCUUCAAGCUGCUGGAGAUGGAUGACAAGUUCAGACUGCUGCAGCCUGGAUUCAGUGUGGUGGACUGUGGAGCUGCACCCGGAGCCUGGAGCCAGGUGGCCGUCCAGAGGGUCAACUCAGCCGGGACAGGUGAGAGAACAGGUGGCUGCACCAAAUACCAGAAGAAGCAGACAGACUAUUUAACAGUGGACAGAAGCAGUGUAAGUGUAAAGGUAGUAGAUCCGGCGUUACCACGUGGUACUGUUGUUGGCAUUGAUCUGCUGAACAUCCCGCCGCUGGACGGCGCCGACUUCCUUUCCAGCCAGGAUGUCACGGACCCGUCCACGCACGCCAAGCUGCUGGAGCUGCUCCCCAACCGCCAGGCUCACGUCAUCCUGAGCGACAUGGCUCCCAACGCCAGCGGUUUCCGAGACAUGGACCACGAGAAACUCAUCACAAUGUGUCUGUCUUUGAUAGACUUGGCCGAGAAGGUUUUACAGCCUCAGGGUUCUCUGCUGUGUAAAUACUGGGACGGGAUCCUGACUCGGACUCUCCAGGAGAAACUCUCGGGCGUUUUCGGCGGCGUUCGGACUUUAAAGCCACAAGCCAGCAGGAAGGACUCAGCUGAGAGAUAUUUCCUCGCUACGAUGUACAGAAAGCCAAUGAAGUGAUGCCUUUAAUUUCUCUAAUGUGUGCUGGCUUUCUGAUGAAGAGCUUCACUGGAGACCUUUGAUCAAAAGGUGGCACUGUUGAGGCAUCGGUGAACCCCACUGCUCCAGGCACACACACAUUAAACACUGUAAUGCUGAUUUUUAUCCCUGCAAACUUAACACAGCAGCAGCAGCAGCAGUGAAUCAGUAAUAUGUAGACCUAUGUGAGCAUCAGUGUGAUAUUCCUCAAGAGCCCGAUGCUGUGUUUUCUCUGAAGUUAUUGUUUGCCCCAAGUGUUUGUUCUACACACUCCCUCUGGUAUUUGCUUUGUUCCAAAAAGUCAUUUACCACUGGUGCUUAUGCUAAUAAUUUGCACUGCCAGCCAUGUAGAAAUAUGUAAUCAUUCUCUCAUUGAGAGCUUACGAAGGGAAAAAAACUAAUACAUAAGAGUCACAUACAGUAUGACUAAUGGGAAGUGGGAUGAUACUGAGGCUUGGCACGCACGCUAGUGUUGUUGGGCUCUGCUGUCUGACAGUAGAAACAGGUCCGUUUCCUGGGCAAAUAUUUUUUAACUGAAGGAAAUUCUAUUUAUUGUGUCUGAACCUGUGAUUUUUGAUGUUGCACCCCUGCCGAUUAAGAAUAAAAAGUCAUUUCAUAAGCAUA